AUGGGGGCAUUCAGGCAGCAGGCUUACAAUGUGGCACCAGGUCCUCCCCACAACAAAUCUUCGGAGGGGCCCAGCGUGCAGCAAACUGACCACUCGUGCCUAUUGCUGCAGAUAGAAGAAGUAUAUGUGUCUACAACCAAAAGCUUAAUUGAAGGAGUGAUCUCUGGAUACAAUGCUACUGUGUUUGCAUAUGGCCCCACAGGCACUGGCAAAACAUACACUAUGCUGGGAUUGGAUUCAGAACCUGGGAUUUAUAUCAGGACUUUAAAUGACCUCUUUAGAGCCAUUGAGGUGUCUAGCAAUAGCUUGGAUUACACUGUGUCUAUGUCGUACCUUGAGAUCUAUAACGAGAUUAUCCGGGACCUCUUAAACCCUGCAGGAGUUUUAGAACUUAGAGAAGACGCCAAAGGCAAUAUUCAGAUUGCAGGGAUUACUGAAUUCUCUACUAGUAAUGCAGAAGAGAUCAUGGAGUUUCUGAGGAAAGGUAACAAGCAGCGGACACAGGAACCAACUGCUGCCAACAGAACUUCUUCAAGGUCCCAUGCAGUGCUUCAAGUCACAGUGAAACAGAAAAGCAAGGGGAAAGACAUUAAUGAAGAGGUGUGCAUUGGCAAACUGUUCAUGGUAGACCUGGCAGGAUCAGAGAGGGCAUCACAGACUCGGCACUGUGGCAAGAGAAUGAAAGAGGGGGCUCACAUUAAUCUUUCCCUUCUGGCACUGGGAAACUGCAUUAAUGCUCUAAGUGAGAAAGGGGGAAAUCGCACUCAUGUCAACUUUAGAGACAGCAAGCUUACAAGACUGUUAAAGGACUCCUUAGGUGGCAACAGCAGAACAGUAAUGAUAGCUCAUAUAAGCCCAGCCAGCACCUCGUUUGAAGAAUCCCGUGCCACUCUAAUCUAUGCCUACAGAGCAAAAAACAUUAAAACUAGGGUGAAAAGGAACCUGCAGAAUGUCUCCUACCAUAUUGCUCAGUACACCAGUAUCAUUUCCGAUUUGCGCAAGGAGAUAGAACACCUAGAGGAGAAGAUUAAACAGCAAGAAAGAGAGAAAAAGGCAGAGCGGACCAAUGUCAGCAAUAUACAAGGAGGUGUGCUCGGGAAAGCAAGUUCAUAUAGCAGAGAACAAAUGAGCAUCCUCCGGGAACAACUAAUCAGUGCAUUUAAGGAACAAAUGGAAAUGAGGCGCAGCCUCCUGCAACUGGAAAAUACCAACAUAGAACUUCACAUUGAUACUUCAAGGCAUUUGAUUACAAUUGCAGACUGGGAACAAGACAGAGCACGUCAUGAUAAAAAACCUGGGCAGAAAAUAAAGAGAGAUAAGACUGCUGAAAACAGGCUGGCAGAUUCAACUGACGAAGAAAAUGAGGAGGAAGAUGGAAGCAGUCCUGAGCCUCAUGAGGUUACUGUAGCGAGAGAAGAAAUUAGCAUGCUCCUUGCUGAACAAAUUAAAAACGCCUCUCUGAAGGCAGAACUGGAGAAACGGUUGUCAAACACAAAACUCAAAGCAUCGCAGCUGGAGCGGCUCUUUCCCAAACAGAUCAGCAGUGAGGAGCAGCAGGAGGUGCUGAGGCUGCUGUGCAGAGUGCACGAGCUGGAGGUGGAGAACACGGAACUUCAGGCCAAAGCUCUGUGCAAGGAGAACCUGCUGUGCCAGAAGGACUUUGUCAUUUUACAUUACCAGCAGCACAGGACUCUAUGUGACGAGAUAAUUCAGCAGCAACAGACACUGAUAGAAGAUUAUAAGAUCCAUGUACCAGAAUCACUAGAAAGACUUUACCAGGUACACAGCCUCGAGGUGGAGAAAGGAACAUUAAAUCGCCUCCAGCAGUUUCAGUUUGUCAUAUCCAAUACUCUCAGGGACUGUUUAGUAAGCGGGGAGUCAUUCCAGCACCCGAAUAUAAAGCAGCUUGAGAAAGCAGUGGCUGAGAGCAGAAAAAGUUUUCAUUCUCAGGCAAAGUUGGAACUUCCUCUGGUUCGUAUCAAAUCAAACAGUGACAGCAAGACUUCAGGUUCAACUCCUGCUUUACUACAAACAAGACCAAAUUCCAGUGUGAGCCCAACAACCUUUAACCUUCUACGAACACCAACAUUUCAGAGACAAAAUACUCCAGCAGGUAAAGGAAACUUUCCGAGUCUUCUCUCUCCCAACCCACUAGAAGCUCAGAGAAGACACUCAUUAUCUGUGAAAGGGCUAAGCCCGGAGCUAUUAGAAGAGAUAGCUGUUGAAACCAAAAGCAUUUCUCUUGUUGCCGCCAGAAGGCGCUUAAGAAUUCUUCGUUCAGAGUCAUCGUUUCUGGUGGAUGAAAGAAAGAGUCCGACAUCCUUAGAUCCUUCUCCACUAAUGAAGAAAGCCGUAAGCAAUGACAAUAUUUUAGCUGCGCUUCAGCUGAAGACUGAGAAGUCUUUUUUCCCAUCCAAAUUCCACAGAGACCACAGGACUGAGAUACCCAUAGGAAGGAGAUAUACAAAGAAUAGAUCACGAUCAUUUGAAACCAUUUUUCCUGAGAUUUCUAAACCAAAGCCUCAAAACCAUCACAGUAACAAGCUUGGCAUCCUUUCCUACCCCAAAACAACACUUGCUGCCUUAAACUCAAAGACCUUCCUAAAACUUAAAGGAGCUGUAACACAUCCAAUCAGUGUCCCAACUACAGCUGUUUUCAAACCUCACCUUGGCCAACACUCAGGCAGAAGAGACUUCAUUGGCUAAGAAGGACAUCAGCUGAAAUACUGUCAAGGGAAAACAUGUUUUUUUCAAAACGUAUCAACUAAUGGAGCUUCUUCAGCAGAAU